AUGGCCGAGGCCGACGCGACGGCUGCAAUCGCUGCGCUCAAGGACGCGGGCCUGAUCAGGACGAAGAAAGCCGACUGGCGGCUCGUCGCAGCGGCGCAGGCCAUGCUCCACGGCGCUCACUCAGAUGAGUUCGCCGCGGCCGAGGCGAUGGGAAAGCCGAUAAAGCAGCGGAGCAAGGUCUCGAACUGGUUGGACAAGCUCCGCGAACUCGAGCGGAUGCGCGCGGCGCCGCGCAGCCAGCCCGGGAGCGGCGGAUCGGCGGCGGGCAGCAGCUUGCUCGUGCAGCCUGGCUGGGUUGACGAGCACGCACCGGGCGUGCAGCAGCUGAGCGUGUCGGCGCUGGUCGUUUCGCCCGGCAAGCAGCACGCGACGCGCUCGAUCAGCGCGGUCGUGACGACGCCGCUCGGCACGAAGCGCCCGGCCAGCGCGACGGUCGACUACACGCUGCCACCCGACGGCGAGCCGGCGAGCGCUGCAAAGCGGCGCGACGACCGGCACCGCAAGCGCGAGGAGCGCAAGAUCAGGUCAAUGGAUUUGAGCGCAGCAGCGCAGGCCCACGCAGAGGCCGAGGCUGGCCGCCAACGCGCGCUGCGCGAGAGCGGUCGUGAGGAUCGUGUGCAGCAGCGCGAGGUGAGCUUCGUCCUGGACAGGAUUAUCCGCCGCCUUGAGCGCCAAGUGCAAGCUGAGGAGCGGGUCCAGCGGCGUGAGCUGUUUGUGUGGAGCUGCCCCGCAGGCUGCGGGCCUCAAGCGGCCGACUGCGGCCGCUUGAUAUUUCGCCGCCAGUGCAUGCCCACAGCUGACAGCAUCCGCCGGAAACAGCUGUUCAUUUUGCGCAGUGACCUGCUCGACCGUGAUUCUGGCCUUCUCGGCCUCGGUGACUUCCGCAGCAUCGGCGGGCACUCAUUUUUGAAGAAGAAGCAGUGGGAGCUCUUCUGUCAGCAGGAGCAGACCGCGUCCGAGUUUCUCCCGGGCGUAGACGACAUCCUCAGCGACUCGGAGGUCGCCGAGAUCCAGAGCGACUUCCUCUCGCUGUGGGACGGCAAGGUGCAGUCUCGCUGUGGGCCUCAAAUUCACUUUUCCAACUGGCUCAGCCGCUACCUUGAGAACGGCGAGGUGGUGACUGGCAACUACGAGUACCGCGGGCGCACAAUCGAGAUUGUCUACCCCGACCAGUUUGGAGACCAUCUCCCAGUCGGCGCGCCGGCGUGCGCACGGCGGGGCUGCUCCGGCUGCUGCUACUGCAAGGGCGUGCCUUUGCCCGUCAUGCUCGAGGUCGACAUCUGGUUCCGGCCAGGAGUGGGCUGGCAUACAGGGUACGGGCGUACGGAUGAGCCGCCCCGCUACUCCAUUCGGAGAUGGAUGAGCUUGGGCGAGCUCAAGCGGCAGCUCGACAAAGUGGUGAGCAGUCAACCCGAGCCGCCGCGCUGCAGGGAGCCUGUGCCUGCCUACUUGCUCAACCGCCGGGAGGACGUGCGCGAGCCACCGAAGCAGCGCGGCGUGGUCUGCUUGCCGGGUCGGCUGCGUAGGCUUCUCUCCCCCUCAGAGGUGGCUGCGUCGCUUGCUGCAGUUGGGGUGCAUCUCGUGCUUCUUGAAGGCGACUCACGCGCACUCGAGCCGACGCCGGAGGAGAGUGCGCUCCUCGAAGCUCACCGUGCCAUGUGCACAGAGGAGGGCUCGGUGGAGGAGGCGAGAGCGGAGAAGCGUCUGGCGGAGAACGACGAGCGACGUGGAUGGGAAAUUCAAAGUGAAUUUGAGGCCCGGCGAGGCUGCGGGCAGCGGCUGCGCCGGCCCCUCGACCCUCGAGCGAGGCCUCGCCGCGGGGACCUGGUCUACCUUUCGCCUACCUCGACGCAGUCCGAGCCCACCGUCGCCGCCGUCCUCGCCGUCCACAACACCUCCGACCUCAUCCCACACCACGUGACUGGCAUGGAUCUCAUGGUCUGGGACCCGGACCGCCUCACCUUCAAACCGAGAGAGCACAGGGAGCACCCGGGGUGCUUGACGCUCUUCCCUCCCUGCUGUGGGAACGGUGCCAACUGCAUGCACCUACGCUUCUCUUUUCCAGACUGGCAGUGGCCAGAUGGUCGGCCUCUGGAUGUCAAUCGAGUCCUGAAGCCGAUCCCGGCGGCCUUAGUUGCGAAGAUGAGGGAGAUGUACGGGCGCGCGCGGGCGGGAAAGAUCCUCUCAGACUUUAGAGGCAUUGUGGGCGAGGCCGCGGACAAGUCGGGAGAUUAG